AUGGGCCAUCAGUCUCUAGAAGCCCAGUGGAAUUCGCAGGCUUCCCCUACGGAGGAUGGCACUAAGAAUUGUCGAUCAGAGGAAUACAGACCCAUGCAAUAUUUGAUUCCCCCCUACGAGGGUCAGUCGAAAUUCUCGGAUGAUCGACACCAGCCGCGCGAGUCUGCGGAAUCCCAAAGCGAGAUCUCAUUACCUACGGCCCCUCGAAGGUUUCCGGCCCAGCCAAUCGAGACCCUAUCACGAAACUCCAAGGAACAACAGUCAGCUCCAACUGGGGGAGACCAAACCUCUCCACCAAAUGGCGAAACUAGUCCGAAAGCUUUAAGGGAACACCCGCCGCCCAGAAGGUUUCUACCUGAACCAGUGGAAACAAGCAAAACCAGUCAUAGAAGGACUCAUUCCGCUUCUGAGUUACGCGAGAGCACAUCUUCUUUUUCUAGAGAGGCACCGGGGGCCCCAAGAAGGUUCAAACCGAACCUCAUAGAAACCGACACUCGCUCGGUCCGACAAGGAGGGUCUGUCUCACAUUCCUCACUGCACGAUGUCACAAGAUCUCCUGCAAAGCACCAAGUGAUUUGCCCAGACACAACUUCCUGGCCAGAUAUAUCUUCGCAUGCGUCCACAAGUCUGAUACCUGACUCUCAAUUCUCAUAUUCAAAUCUUCUACGCCGACAGAACGCUCGCAGACACUCAUUCCGAGUCCCAGAUCUCCCGUCAAUCCCCUCUAAUAGCAGCGAAGACUCAGAUAACUCUAGUUCGCAUUCGGCAUGCACUUCGCCACCUGGGUCAUCUAAUAAGCCCACGCAGGGUCUAUACUCGAGCAAGCUACGCCGUGGGAACGGCAACGGCGAGAUUUCAGACUAUCUGCUCUCGCUUGCAGCUCGGUCCGCACAGGAGCAGCUAAAGGAACAAACUCUGGCUGCCUUCCCCAACGAGCAGGUGUAUGAGCCUGUUGAUCAUUUCGCCAUCGACGAAGAUGAUAGGGACCUGGCGGAAGACACGCUCUCUCAAAUGGAUUAUUAUCAUGUCAAGUCUCGACGACAGUCUUCGGCAGAUCUAUCCUGGGAACUAGAGUACAUGCGCCACCAUAAGGAAGAAGCCGAGAUGAGACUUCGGGCCAUGAUUGCAUCUGGGCAACGAGAGUGUUCACCCGAGCGAAAUAGGAAUGGCAAGAGCCCACCUAUGCAUGGGAAUGACAUUGUCCUUCCUCAAAGCGUUUCGCCCGAGGGAACGAUGUGUGAAUACAGAAGCACCGAUGCGGUCUCCUAUGGCGCACAUGACAUUUGCCAUGACUGUGAUGGUCUGUGGUGUGCAGCCCCUGACCGAGGGAAAGUGAAGGGUGUUGGUCUCUGGAUGGGUACCUGCCGCAAAGACGAAGGGCAAGACCGGGAAGUACAGGGUCUGCUGCCAGGAAUUGUAACUCCCAUGCCUCGUGUCGAUGGGGCUGGCAUCGGCAUGGGGCUCAGCCCAUCCCCGUCGCACACCCAGCUGAAUCGUCUCGCAGCCUCCCCUGGGAGUCAUAGUUCCCCAAAUCCCGUGAGUCCUAAUCUCCAGAAGAUCAUCAAAUCCGAAUUCCAUGAUGGAUUUGUGACCCAAAUUUAUAACUAUCUAUCACUGGGGUACCCUUGCCUGGCCCGUUAUUAUGAUUACGAGCUCAGCCGGAUCUCAUGCAUUUCCGUCGAGGAUCUUCGUCGGGAUGACUUGCGCACUGAUGCCAGAGGCUAUAUCGUUGCCCCCGAAGAUGGCAAUAUCGCGAACGCGUGCGCACGAUGGAAAGCCCUCCGUCUAUACAUCCAGGAAUGGGCCAGGCAAGAGCCUGGCAUGGCCGAAGAUGAAACCAACCUUGAAGGCUGGGGACACCCAGAACGAAAGGGCAGUUGGGCAAUAUGA